CAACACCACCACCUACCUCCGGGUGUUGGCCUCCGAACCGCGACACUAUUUCACGAUAGUGUCGGUGCGACAUCUUCACGGCCUGGGUGGCUAGCUGAGACGACCCUGGCGCCAAUGUGGAUGACGACGAGGCCUGUAGCGCUUCAGCUUUGUUAUAGUCGCUGCUUGAGCGGUAUCUGAAGCUGCCCGCGUUUCAGGAAGACCCAGGCGCACCACCAUGUGCCAACGGGCGAAAGUGCUCCGACAUGCGUUCGAACGACUACUGUCAACCUCUCUGUGAAUCCAAUUUCCAACAUUGCCAGCGGCAAAUUCUCUUCUCCUUGUUAAUAUGCUGAAAGCGUCGACGGCGCUUACAUCUCUUCAUCUCCGUCUGUUUCUCUGAGCCCUGGCAGGCGUUUCUUUCAUGCCUGCGCCGCCUGCAUGGCCUCUCCCCAAGAGUCGAUCACGACGGUGAGCGGGAGACGAUGUACUCGCUCCCGUGCCCGUACAGCGGCUACCUCAACCUCAACAUCCACACCAGCAGCAGCGCCAACAGUGGCCGCUCCAACCGAACCGAGCACUACUUCCACGGCCGCAGCAGCCCCAACACAACAGACGGCUGCUGGUCCUCCAGGGCCCCAAGAACCGCCACUGCAGCCGUCGCCUCCAUCGUCGGGGCCGCCUUCAUCGUCACCGCCGCCUCCAUCAUUGCCGCCCCCAUCGCCGCCACCUCCAUCGUCGCCCGCACCCCCAGUAUCGACCCCUCCCGUGGAAGCAUCGGCCGCUGUGCCGGUGCCGGUGCCUACAUCGCAAGUAGCAGUAUCUUCGGCAGCAGGUACGGGUAACGCAGUUCUCAUAUCGCUUGCGCCGACUUCUUUGCCUGCAGUCCCCGAGCCCGCAGCACCAGCACCAGCACAAGAGACAACAAGUCCCGUAGCUCCUUCACAGCCUAGCGAACCACCUGUUCUCCCUUCACAAGUUGCUGCCGCUCCUGCACCUCCUCCUGCAAGCAUAGCACCAACAAGCUCUGACACAGUCGAAACAGCAUUACCUUCAUCACCGUCGCCAUUGCCACCGGCGUCGCCAUCGCCAUCGACCAUUGCACUCCCCGUUGCGCAACCAUCGGUGACAGGGUCGGCUGGAGUCAGAAAUCCAACGUCUGUUCCUGCAGUCCCCGAGGUCGAUCAGACCGCCACAUCUUUGCAAACACCGUCGUUGAUCACUUCUGUUGCAGAGUUGCUCUCACAGACAAGGUCUGCUAACUUAGGCAAUCCUACACGCGACCCGGUGGGCGUUAUUGGACCAGAGCAGGGCUCUCAUAGUGGUGGAGUUGGACACAGUGGGGAGGGCCAUUCCUCGCAUAGUGGUAGUGACCCCAAUAUUGGUGGUAUUGUUGGCGGCGUUGUCGGUGGAUUUGUCGCCCUGGCUCUCUUGAGCGCUCUUCUCUUCUUUUGCCUGAGACGGCGCAAGUCGAGAGAAAACAACUGGAAUGAGAAGAGCGAGGAGUCAUCCAGCUUUAUGUCGACACUGAAAGCUGUACCAGCAGGCUUUGGGGUGUUCAUCGCGAGACUCCGGAACGAGAAGACAGGACCCCUGGACAACCCUUACCAACGACAUCAGCCACGUUCCAGCGUUGGGUCCGUGUAUUCGACUGCAUCCAAUGGGCAUAGCAGAUCCCUUAGUGAGCUACAGGGACAGUCUGCUGCAGGCGGUGCCUUCGUUCGCCGCAUGUCAAGUAGGAAGAGCGACCGCAACCUAUUGCGCAAAAAGACAAGCAGUGUGUCUUCGCAAAACCCCUUCAUGGGGAUCAGCGAGGAGCCAGUCCGGGCCAACAACAUCGGUCAAGAUCCUUUCGCAGACCAGGUACCCGACACGCCUAGGAAUCUCCGCAUCUCCAAUCCCGACAAAAUCGAUGACCUGGCUGGUGGACUCAUCGCACCACAGCCCGCAGCAACGCCUCGUGUAACUCGCGACCCCUUUGCGUCGCUCAUCGAUGAGAUCGACGGUGCACCUGACUGGCUGCGAGAUUCCAAAAUGACAGCCAGCUCUGCCUCAAAUCACCGACGCACGCAGAGCACCGCGUCAGCAUUGAACUCCCACCCUCCCUCCUCGGUAUACAGCAGGGACCCCUUUGCCGACCCGUCACCCAUCCCACCACUCCCCUUCGCCACACCACAACCGCAACCGCCCACGAGCACCUACUCCGCGUUCCCCUCCGUCCGCGAGUCCAACUUCGUCUUUUUCGGGGAGCCCGGCCCCAGCCGCCCCGGCACUAAUGUCUUCACCCCCGGCCUGCCCAGCAACCCCGGCGCCAGCCGCCCGGGCACCGCCGCCUUCUACGCGCCCAUCGCCACGCCCCUGGCCACCAGCACGAGCCGCAUGGACCGGCAGUCGGAUCCGUUCGAUCUCGACAGGCCCGAGGUGCUCAGCUUCAAGGGCAUCAUGAACCAGAUGCGCGACAGCAUUGCGCGCACGGCGACGGUCAAGAGCCGCCGCACCAGCAGCAUCGGGGGCUGGUUCGGCAAGGACGCUGCGCCGGGCGCGCUGACGGGCGCGAGUGUGCGGCGGUGACGCUGACGACGCGUUGCGCGUGGUAUUGAAG